AUGCUCAUGCCCGCCGAGGGCACCCCGCCACCCCUGGGUGGCACUCCUGUCCCAGUCCCAGCCUACUUCCGCCAUGCAGAGCCUGGCUUCUCCCUCAAGAGGCCCAGGGGGCUCAGUCGGAGCCUCCCGCCCCGGCCCCCUGCCAAGGGCAGCAUCCCUGUCAGCCGCCUCUUCCCUCCUCGGACCCCAGGCUGGCAUCAGCCCCACGCCCGGCGGGUGUCAUUCCGGGACCAGGCCUCCGAGCCCCUGCAGAGCCCCGGGUAUGAUCCAAGUCGACCGGAGUCGUUCUUCCAGCAGAGUUUCCACAGGCUCGGCCGCCUGGGCCACGGCUCUUAUGGGGAGGUCUUCAAGGUGCGCUCCAAGGAAGACGGUCGGCUCUACGCAGUGAAGCGCUCCAUGUCGCCGUUCCGGGGCCCCAAGGACCGGACCCGCAAGCUGGCCGAGGUGGGCGGCCACGAGAAGGUGGGGCAGCACCCGCGCUGCGUGCGGUUGGAACAAGCCUGGGAGGAGGGCGGCAUCCUGUACCUACAGACGGAGCUGUGUGGGCCCAGCCUGCAGCAGCACUGCGAGGCCUGGGGCACUGGCCUGCCCGAGGCUCAGGUCUGGGGCUAUCUGCGGGACACCCUGCUGGCCCUGGCCCACCUGCACGGCCAGGGCCUGGUCCACCUGGAUGUCAAGCCUGCCAACAUCUUCCUGGGGCCCCGGGGCCGCUGCAAGCUGGGUGACUUCGGGCUGCUGGUCGAGCUGGGCGCGUCGGGAGCUAGCGAGGCCCAGGAGGGAGACCCCCGCUACAUGGCCCCCGAGUUGCUCCAGGGCUCUUACGGGACAGCAGCAGACGUGUUCAGCCUAGGCCUCACCAUCCUGGAGGUGGCAUGCAACAUGGAACUGCCCCGCGGUGGGGAGGGCUGGCAGCGGCUGCGUCAGGGCUACCUGCCCCCUGAGUUCACCGCUGGCCUGUCCUCUGAGCUGCGUUCCGUCCUGGUCACGAUGCUGGAGCCUGACCCCAAUCUGCGGGCCACCGCCGAGGCCCUGCUGGCCCUGCCCGUGCUCAGGCAGCCACGGCCCUGGAGUGUCCUGUGGUUCAUGGCCGCCGAGGCCCUCAAUCGAGGCUGGGCCCUGUGGCAGGCCCUGCUUUCCCUGCUCUGCUGGCUCUGGCACGGGCUGGCUCACCCCGCCAGCUGGCUGCAGCCCCCGGGUCCACCGGCCACCCCACCCAGGUCGCCGCCCUGCAGCCUUCUCCUGGACCGCAGCCUCUCCAGCACCUGGGGCGACGACAGCAUAGGGCCCUCACUGUCUCCAGAGGCCAUCCUGGCCAGGGCUGCCGGCAGCACCUCCACCCCCCGCAGUGGCUCCCCUGCCCCCCGGAGCAGGCACACGCCGAGGGAUGCUCUGGACCUGAGUGACAUUGACUCAGAGCCCCCUCGGGGCACCUUCCCUGCCUUUGAACCUCGGAACCUCCUCAGCCUGUUUGAGGACUCCCUGGGCCCAAGCUAA